CCAUCUUUCUUCGCGUCUAGGGUUUUUCCUCAGGGUGUCUGGCAUACAAUCGUCAGCCAUGGGCAACAAUAAGAAAGAACCGUUAGACAUCUCCGAUCUCGGUGCCUCCUUACCGGCGGCCGCUGCAGCUCUUAAUGCAGAGGAUCGUGCGGGGCUUGUAAACGCAUUGAAGAACAAGCUUCAAAACCUGGCGGGAGAACACUCGGAUGUUCUUGAGAGUUUGACCCCUGCAGUCAGGAAGAGAGUUGAAGUUCUGAGAAGCAUUCAGAGUGAACAUGAUGAACUAGAGGCUAAGUUUUUUGAAGAGAGAGCAGCAUUAGAAGCAAAAUACCAGAAACUAUACGAACCACUGUAUUCAAAGAGAUACGAUAUUGUGAAUGGUGUUGUUGAGGUCGAUGGAGUGAAGAACGAAGAUGCAAUGCACCAGACAGAUGAUAAAGCUGGAGAAGAAAAGGGUGUGCCUAAUUUUUGGCUAACUGCGAUGAAAACCCAUGAAAUUUUGGCGGAGGAGAUCUCAGAGCGAGAUGAAGAAGCUCUCAAGUACCUGAAGGAUAUCAAGUGGAAUCGCAUUGAUGAUCCCAAGGGUUUCAAGCUUGAGUUCUUUUUUGAUACCAAUCCAUUUUUCAAGAACUCUGUUUUGACGAAAGUAUACCAUAUGAUUGAUGAUGAUGAGCCUAUUUUAGAGAAAGCAAUCGGGACCGAUAUUGAAUGGUUACCUGGGAAAUGCUUGACACAAAAGAUACUAAAGAAGAAGCCUAAAAAGGGAUCAAAGAACGCUAAACCCAUCACAAAGACCGAGAAUUGUGAAAGUUUCUUCAACUUUUUUAGCCCCCCAGAGGUGCCUGAGGAUGAGGAUGAUAUUGACGAAGAGAUGGCUGAAGAGCUUCAAAAUCAAAUGGAGCAAGACUAUGACAUUGGUUCAACCAUACGAGACAAAAUAAUCCCCCAUGCUGUUUCAUGGUUUACGGGUGAAGCUGCUCAAGAGGAUGACUUUGAAGGUAUUGAUGAUGAGGAUGAUGAAGAUGACGAGGAUGAUGACAUUGAAGACGAGGACGAGGACGAGGAUGACGACGAGGAAGAAGAAGAAGAGAGCAAGCCCAAAAAGAAGUCAUCUGGACACAAGAAGGGCGGUGGAAUUGCAAACACUGGUGGUGAACAGGGCGAGCGACCUCCAGAGUGCAAGCAACAGUAGUUUUCAUGGUUGAUGAUUCCCAAGUAUUGGGCUUCGGAUUUUUUGGCAUUCUGGUGGGAGUUCUUUUAGGGUUUUCUCGGAAACAACCUCUCUAUCUGUUUAUUUAGGCAGAUGUAAGGUUUGCGUACACUUUUACCCGACACAUUAUACCAUAUUGAGAUAUUUAAAGGUACAUUUGAAAAGUAUGUUUUUGGGAUUUUGCCA